ACGGAGCAAGGCACCAUGACCAGCCAGUCUCAGGGGAUCCAACAGCUCCUGCAGGCAGAGAAAAGGGCCAAGGACAAGCUAGAGGAAGCAAAGAAGAGAAAAGGCAAGCGACUGAAGCAAGCUAAGGAAGAAGCUGUGGCCGAGACUGACCAGUACCGGAUGCAGAGGGAGAAGGAGUUCCAUCUGAAGCAAUCCAAGAUGAUGGGCUCUCAAAGCCACCUCUCAGAUGAAAUAGAAGAGCAAACACUAGAGAAGAUAAAAGAAUUGCACAGAAGCUACAACAAAUGUAUGGAAAGUGUGAUCAAGCAGCUGCUAAGCAUGGUGUGUGACAUGAAAGCAGAAGUCCAUGUGAACUACAGAGCCACCAACUGAAUGCUCCUCGUACUUCCAAGGGGACAGAGUGGGGGAUGAGUUCUGUUAAUAUUAAGGGAUUGAAAUUGUACAUCUGAAGUUUAU